CAGCGCUCGAGCAGCAGCAGCAGCAGCAGUAGAUCGUCCCCGAGUCGGCCACGAGCGAACAUAUCCGCGUGUGCACCCGUACCAGCGCUCCACAGCGCGCGCGCUCAGCGUAUCUUCUUGUUUACGCGUGGAUUUAAAUGAGCAUUAUUUCUUUGUUUUGACAUUUUUUCCCCCCCUGGAUGUUUCUAAAGUGGAGGCAGGCGGAGGUUUGUUGAUACCGGCGGGACAGGCUCAGCGACAAAGUGGAGAGCGAGGCUUCAGCUGAUUGUAAACACACACAGGACAUUAUUCCUGCGCGAGAGGACGCCACUUUUUAUUGCACGAGUUUGGCGCAGAAAUGUGUGUUGAAUUUACUACGAUUCACUGCAAAAACCCACCAGAAAAGUCAUUAAACUCCUAGGUUUUUACAAUGUCGCUUUUCGUCAGUGGAUAAUCCAGCGCUCGGUUGCGCUGAGCGGAUGCGUGCGCUUCUGUGCGCUUUGUGCAGACUGGAAAGGAGUAACCUGUGAAUAAAUAACACAUCAAACACAUUGAAGAAGCAAUAACUGCACGCAGAAGCUGUUAGUCCAACUUAUUUACAUUUAUAAAUAUAUGAAUAUAUAUUUAUCGCUGUAUUGGAUUGAGUCCCGCGCGCUUUUUAACUCGUAAAAACCAGGACCAGGAUCAUCAGGAUGCAUCGCAGCUGAAAGUCCAGGACUUUGGUGUUGAAACCAGAUCAUACGGAUCUCCUCUCAGGAUGGUUUCCGGCGGUGCCAUGGUGACGGUGCUCCCGGUGCUGUGGCUGCUCUCUGAAGCCUCCUGGGCUGCGACCCUGGGCGGACAGGAAGGGGAGCACAACCUGCGAGACAUCAUCCUGGAUCCAAACAAGUUUGGAGGCGUGACCAACUUCAGCACCUUUCUACUGGACCGUUCGUCAGGCAUGCUGUUCCUGGGGGCCCGGGACGCCAUACUGUCUGUGGACACCAAUCAACUGGACAGACCACCACGCUAUAUAACUUGGGAUGUGUCAGAGGAGAAGAGAAAAUCCUGUGUGGCAAAGGGAAAGACAGAGGUUGACUGCCAUAACUACAUCCGUCUGCUGGAGUUUCUGGAGGAGGGACGCAUAUAUGUGUGCGGAACCUAUGCCUUUGACCCUCAGUGUACCUUCUUGGAGCUCUCCACCUUCACCCUGGAGAAAAACGAGGAUGGAGGAGUGAAGAUGGAGACUGGGAAGGGCAAGUGUCCCUUUGAGCCCAGUCAGCACUACACAGCUGUUAUGGCAGGUGGUACAUUAUAUACAGCAGCCACCAGUAACUUUCUGGGAACGCUGUUCGACAUCUCCAGGGCAACAGGCCCUGAGCAGGAGCGCAUCCGCACUGAACGAUCUAUCAACUGGCUCAGUGAUCCAGAGUUUGUGAGCUCAGCCUACAUAGAGCAGUCUGCAGAGAGCAACCCCACAGGGGAUGACGACAAAAUCUACUUCUUCUUCACUGAGGUAGCCAAAGAGUACGACCUCUACACAAAAGUGAAGGUUCCCAGGGUGGCGCGAGUCUGCAAGUCCGACGUGGGAGGGAUGAAGACUCUGCAGCGACGUUGGACCACUUUCCUAAAGGCCCAGCUGGUAUGCGAAGACAAGCCCAGUGGUCAGCGCUACAACAUCCUUACUGAUGUUUUCACAAUACAACAGCCACAAGGCGAUCCCAGCAGCACACACUUCUAUGGACUCUUCACCUCCCAGUGGGAACAUGAGGAGCUCUCUGCAGUAUGUGUUUUCAGUUUGUCUGACAUCAGCAAAGUGAUGGAUGGUCCCUUUAAAGAGCUGAAGAAGACCUGUGACAACUGGAUUAACCUUGAACCUGUCCCCACACCAAGGCCGGGCCAGUGUUUGACCCAUGCAUUAAAGGAUGAAGGAUUUGAGUCGUCCCUGAAGCUCCCAGACAAGGUGUUGACAUUCGUGAGAGACCACCCUUUGAUGGAAAACAGCGUGACUGCAGCACCCCUGCUGGUGCGCAAGGGGAUAAGAUACACCAAGCUGGCUGUAACCCAAACAGGCAGUGGAGCAGUGCUACACCUUGGAACAGGCCAUGGGGAGCUCCACCAGGUGGAGGUAGUGGGCCAGAAUGCCACUGUACUGAGAGAGAUUCCUCUGUUCACCUUGCACGAGCCUGUGAACAACAUAUUACUGCACAAGGGCCAGGCACUGGUAGGCAGCCCUCUGUCUCUGGCUCGUGUGCAGGCUGAAGGCUGUGCUCUGUAUCUCAACUGUGAGUUAUGUGCCAGAGCCAGAGGACUGGGCUGUGAGUGGAGCAGGGAGGAUGAAGCCUGCAGAGAGACAGCAACAAAGCCUGGUCCAGAUGAUACAGUAGAGGAAGCUUUAAAGCAAUGUGAUAUAAAGGAGGGGCGUUGCUCCCCUUCCACCAGGGAGCUGCAAGUUUCCAUUGGUCUGCGCCUGUUGUUGCCAUGUGUUCAACUGUCUCCCAGGUCCUGUAGGUGGGAACAUCCUCCUCACAGGCACACCAAACAACAUCACUCAGACCUGGAAGUUACUGUCACAAAGGAAAACCUAGGAAAAUAUGUGUGCACAUGUCAGGAGGCAGGACCAGAUAUGAGAGACCACACCUCUUGCCGUCGAGCAGCUUAUCAGCUGACACUUGAAAGCCCUAGUGUUGGAUCAGUGGCAACAGCAGGAAGUCGUCACGUCCUGGCUGUCUACAUCCUUUUCUUCUGUGCAGGAUUGGUGUUUGGUGUGUUUCUCCUGUACUUUCUCCUACGACGGCGUGGCAUUGGCCGCCAAGGCCACCAGCUGCCAGAUAAUUCACUAUCGUCGGGGAAGGGGCGGGACUUACUUGGCUCCUCAGCCACUCCACAGUCUCCUAGCAGUGCCAGCCUGCUGUCUGAGGGAUUCCGACUGACAGAAAAAAGGAAUGGAACAGCCAACACAACCACAACAACUACCCUCCUCAGCAACCAGGGGAAUGGUGGUCACCAUGGCAACAGUUACAGUGGCACCCUGAUCCACAGCAACCCUAGCAAUGGCCAUGGGAAUGCCCUGUAUUCCAACAGCAACACAAGCAGCAGUAGUCUGAAGUUUCCUUCAGAAAUUUCAGCUGCAGACAUGCUGGAUGGAAGGACAGGAGAGCGGGAGAGAGUGAGGCCCAAGGGGGGAGAGCAGGAGUCAGAGGAGGGUGACAAGGUGGAUGAAGGGCUGGAGGACGGGUCAGGGGAAGGAAUAAAAGGACUUGUGGAGGAGCUUGCCACCUUCCCUAUCUUUAAAUCAUCAGCGCCACUGGCUCGGUGUGAAGAAAGUUCAAUAUGACAGGGUGAUAUAUGUAUACACCUUAUUGACAGCACCAUUGUGCACAGUCCAAAUAAACUAAAUACUGUUGGGAGAAAUAAAAAUGGCUAUUGCCAAAAGCCUUUGAAUGGACGCUGUGGCAUGAAGACGGACUACAGAGAUGUAAUAAAAAAAAAUACAAGGGCAUGUGGGAGAGACAUACAGAGAGCUGACAGUGUUGUACUACAAUGUUACGAUAGUCAGUUUAUUGUGAGUCCCCUUUGAGUGUCACAGGUAAAUAGAUGUAUCAGGUGUAAAUAAAUAUGUAAAUAUAGUUGACCUGUGGACCUGAAAGUGAACAUGAUGUUGUCUACUUCCUAUGUGGCAAAGAAUCAAAUAUGAAAUAUUUCAUGUGUGAACAAAAGCCAUAUCGUCCUUCCUAAUAACCUGUGCUGUUGUGUGUCCUCUUGCCCUUGUCUCUAAAUUGGCACUGUAAAAGAAAAGUGCGCUGUCUGUAUCUCCCUCUCUCUCUGAAACCUUUCAAAUCUACAGUGACCUUGGCAGGGCUGUUCCUGCCUAAACAGCCACAGAGGUCAACAAACUGACAGCUGCCCAGAUGUGUCACUAUUCACAUUCACAAUACCUGAGACAGAAGGCAAGUGAUUUUCAAAAGGAUGCAACAUUUGUUUGCAGAAUGGACCUUACAGACACAAACCCACAUACACCUUGUUUUGUGACUGGAUUUCAACAUAAAUAUGUGUUGUUUUGUCAUGUUGUUUUGUAAUAAAGCUUAAAAAAAGA